GAGACUAUUUGAUGUAGCGUGGUUAGAUAGAAUAUGCUGAAACAUGUUAAAGAGAAAACAGAUAUUGAUUUUGAGAUCAUUGAUGAUAUUAUGUAUCAAAGUGCAGUUUGAGCGGAGAGGCCUAAGUCUGUGUACGGACUGCAAACACUUCACAGAAAGAAAAAAUGACCGAUCCCAUGGCUGCGGUUGUAGGGGGUAUAGCUAGUGCUGUUGUGAAAACGGGAGCACAGAUAUUUGGUUAUGGUCCAAAGGUUUGCGUAUCGGGACACGAACAUAACAGUGAGAAAGAGGCACAAGCAUGCAACGAUGUGCAAGAGAAGAAAAAGUUAUAUGAAGUGGAAUUGUUACGCGAAACAAAUCGUCACCAAGCAGCAAUGCAGAAAGAGAAGAUGGAGGCCGAGCGAAUCAAAGCCAUCGAAGAGCAACAAAUUAUAAAAGAGAAGUUAAGAUUGGAAGAGAAAAAGCUAGAUCUUGAAGCACAGAAGAGAAAGGACGAACUUGAAGCAAUGCGGGAAGAAAAUCGUAAACAAGAAUUACAGCUGGAAAAGGAGAAACUUGAAGCACAAAAGAAAAAGGACGAAUUUGAAACAAAACGAUCCAAGAUGUGCGUUAUUCUGUAAAAAGUUGAGUUGAGAUACGACAAUCAAACUUUCAAAAUCAUGUAAUGAUGUAUAUCUAAAGAAAUCUUUUAUUGGUCUUACUAUUAUUAUACCUAUAACUACUACUCAUAUACUACACGUAUAUCCACUUAAUACAUAACCACUGCCAGAAGCGAAACAUGUGUAGUACGUAUGCAUAAAAUUGUUUUAGUUGACGCUAUUCGCAUGCAUAUACCAUUGAAUUAAAGCGAAAUAUAAACAGUUAAUAUGCAUAAAAUGCAAAAAAAUAUGUUUUUGCAGCCCUUCCUUUAAUGCGCCCAAGUUAUUUGGAACAUGUAUGUCAUUUGUAUUCCAUCUUCGAAUUUGACAGAAUGUUUUACUGUUUGAAAAAAGAAUUCAUAAAUAACCUUAAUUCCCUCACUGCUUUAUCUACAUGUACUGUUUUGUAUUAAUGCACAAAUAAAAUCAGUGUAGUUUAUGUUGA